AUGGCCCAGCACCCUGCUGAUGCUCUGCCCUCCGGAGGCCCCACGCUGGGUGGCUGCGGGAAUGAGCCCGGCUCCACCUGGACGGUGGAAGCUGUGGAGUUCCUCAGCCACCUGCAUGGCAAGGAGGUGUCUGGCCUGGUGCAGGAGGUGAUCACGCCACAGCUCGUAGUGCUUGAGCUGCCCCAGCUUGUGGCCCAGAUGCGGCACCUGGGCCUGGCCAGGCAGGUCAGUCCCAGCUGGUUCUGUCAGGUGCGGAGGCGCUGCCUCACUGGUGACCACGCGUGGAACCAGCUGGAGCCUCCAGCAGUGCCACGCAUGGCAAGGAGGUUGCCACAGCUUCUCCACGUUUUGCUCUCCUAUCAGCCUGUGUUACCUGUCUUGGAUUACUUCUACCCGCGGCUUCAGCUGGGCGUGGCAGAGCCUGUCCUGGUGACCCAUGUCUCUGACCCACAUCAUAUCUACUGCCAGCUGCAGAGUUUGUCCCAGGAGAUCCGUAGCCUUUCUGAUACCAUGCACCACACGUAUGACCAGUGGGAGCAGGAUUUGUUACCCAAAGUGGGCUCACCCUGUGCCGCCCGUGGCAUAGAUGGCCAGUGGUACCGUGCACUCCUGCUGGAGCUUCUUGCUGAGGAGCCAGACCAGCAAGAGGCUUUGGUGAUCUUUGUGGACUAUGGCAGGAAGGAGACUGUGACCAGAGCUAACCUGCGCCAUUUGCCUGUUGAGUGUUUUCGUAUGCCUGUGGUGACUUACCCAUGUGCUCUUCUAGGGAUCUCAGAUGGGGGCUGUGGCUGGUCCUCGUUGCAGAUCGAUGAGCUGAAAGCGCUGGUGCUAGGCAAAAGAGUGAGUGCUUACAUCAAAUCCUUUAACUCCUUUGAGCAUCUCUAUUAUGUCAGCCUGUAUGGGGAAAAUGGCAUCAACCUGAACCAUCUCUUGGGAGUUCAGUCUUGCUGCCUGGUGGGCAGCCAAACACAGGUCAGCCAAACUAACGUUGAGGAGCAGCUGAAGGUAGAAGGGUGCACAACUGAGGAACUGGGUUUGUCACCAGGAAUGCCUGUCACUUUAGCUUGCAAAGAUUUAGUCUCUGCUCCUGUAGGUAGUGCACAUCUGAAGUUUGGUGUGUUCCACGACGCACGGGUCUCCCACAUCCAAGACCCAUCUGAGUUCUGGCUGCAGCUCCACGAACAUCGCCGGCUCUUCAAGCAGCUAAGGCAGAGCAUGUGGAAUUUUUACUCCCAUACUACAAAGCUAGGUGGUACUGGGUGGGACCUACAGCCUGGAUCCCUUUGUUGUGCCAGUGGGAAAGAGGGUGUCUUCUAUCGAGCCAUGAUCACCAGAGUAUUGGACAGUGGGGUAGAAAUACACCUGGUGGACAGAGGCACCACAGAAACUGUAGACUGGAGUGCGGUAAAGGAGCUGCUUCCUCGGUUCAUGGAACUACCUGCCUUAGCUCUAAAGUGUUGCUUGGCAGGUGUCUCUCCUCUGAGAGGGAGUUGGAGUGAACCCUCUGUGUCUGCCUUCAGAGAGAUUGUGCUGAACAAGGGACUAAAGGUUCGUUUUUUCAGUGCUCGGGAUGACAAAUACAUGGUUGAGAUUUUUGACCAGUCCCCAUUAGGAGAGAAAAGUGUAAGUAAGCUCAUAGCCCAGGGAGGUUAUGCUGAAUAUGAGAGGUGUGAAAUGCCCGAGACUCUCCAGAAAUCACCUGAUAAGGCUGUGAACCAGGCCUCUUCCUUAGCAUGUGCUGAGGAGGAAAACCAACUGAAUAUGGAGAAGAGGCUCAGAAAAGAAUCUGGUCUAGAGACAAGUGAAAGAGCACUUAAUCCUUACCCAGCUGUGAUGGUCAGAGAGAGCCCUUCUGCAGCCAUUCACAAUUCUAACAGUAGUGAAUCUUUUCCUGCCCAGAAGUGUGAGGGCAAUGAAAACCUGCCCAUCUCUUGGAGACAGAAUUAUGUGGAAAUGAAGCCAAGUUCCUUUUAUGGGGUCAAAUUAGAUGUGGGAAGUACAGUUAAUGUUGUUGUGUCAUAUGUUGAAAGCCCUAGUUAUUUCUGGUGUCAGUUAAGUAGAAAUUGCAAUGAUCUUAGGGUAUUAAUGGCUGAAAUUCAGAAGUACUGUAAAAAUUCAUCCUGCCCACCUGCUUGGCCAAAUUCUGUAUGUUUAGCCCAGUACUCUGAGGAUAGAAAGUGGUACAGGGCUUUAAUUAUUAGUGAAGUUUCUUCUGCAGGAGAAGUAGAAGUCUUGUAUGUUGACUAUGGCAACAGAGAGCGGGUGUCUCUGGCAAACCUCCGCUCAGCUGAUGAAUGCUUUCUUAGGUUAGAGCCUCAGGCUUUCAGGUGCAGCCUUUACAACUUAAUCCAAUCAAAUGGUCAGGAUCCUUUUGCUUGGGAUGAAGAAGCGAUUGAGGCUUUUCAGGAUUUCAUUGAUAAUUCAUCCCUCUUUGAACUGAAGUGUACAAUAUUUGCCUUGGCUUCGAUAAACGAUAAGGAGCUAUUUAACAUUGUAGACUUAAUGACACCUUUUCAAAGUGCUUGCCAAUUUCUGACUGACAGAGGUGUGGCCAGACCUUCAUCUCCUCAGAAGCCUCUGGUAUCCUCAGUUCAGCUUUGUUCUUACUAUUAUUCUAUGCAUGGCAUCAAAACUGGGAAUGAGGAAGACAUUUAUAUUACACAUGUUGAGGACCCGUGGACAUUUUAUUGCCAACUUGAAAGAUGUGCAGAUAUCUUGGCACAGCUUACUGAUAACAUCUGUUGCCUAAGUGAAAAAAUGACCAGCAUAGAAACCUUGCAAAAGCCUGGGAGCUUGUGUCUAGCAAAAUAUACUGACAAUCAUUGGUACAGGGGACUAAUUACAAAAACAAAACCCAAUACAGAAGUCUUCUUUGUGGAUUUUGGGAACACAGAGACAAUAGAGAAAGAUCAUCUGCUUCCUUUACCCACUGAUGCAUGGGAUAUCUUGCUUUUGCCAAUGCAGGCCAUAAAGUGUUCCUUAUCUGAUGUGUCAAAGGUUCCUGAAGAAGCUACAGCAUGGUUCAAGCAAGCUGUCCUAGAAAGGCAAUUAAAAGCAAUAGUGGUAGCAAAGGAAUCUGAUGGUAAACUGUUGAUUGAGUUGUUUGAUGGUAAUACUCAAUAUAAUGCAAAACUGAAGGAGAAGUUCAGAUUAAGAAACAAUACAGGACUAUGUAGGCAUGUAGAAAACAAAACUUCAGACUCUAGAAAUACAGAUGUGAAUGAGAUUGAAGAGUUUCCUUUAAAUACAGGUAGGCCUCUUGGAAGAAAAAAAGGCUUAUCUGAAGCCCGAGGAGGAGGAGAAAAUAGCAAAAGGCAUUUCAAAGAGGAUAAAAACCUUUUCCAGGCUGCUACGAAGGGAGAUCUGGCAGCUGGAUUACAAGAAUCUGGAAUGCUUAGCAGUAAGAAAGAUGCUUUUUUGUUAAAUGAAGCAGAGGAGGCACCUCUGCUCUCCAUCCAGGUGGAUACACAGUCAGAUAAUAAAUCUGAUGUGGAAGGCAUGUGUAUCAUGCUUAAAAAUGUAACUGAUCUACUGCAGCAGAAGAUGGUGCCAGGUCUUAAAGUGUUGGUCUAUGUGUCUCAUGUAAAUGAUCCAUUGGAUUUUUAUGUUCAACUGGGAAGUGAUGAGGCUCAGCUUAACAGCAUUUCGGAAAGCUUAAACAAUAGGACACCAGCAGAGAACUCUUGUGGACAGCUUUUCCAAGCAGGAGAGUUAAUCAGUGCUGUUUAUUCUGAAGACAACCUGUGGUAUCGAGCUGUAGUAAAAGAGAAGACUUCUGACAAUUUGAUAAGUGUACAGUAUAUUGAUUAUGGUAACACUUCAGUAAUUAAUGUUGAUCAAGCACACAGACUCCCUGAAGAUUUGUUAUCUAUUCCAGCCAUAAGCAUUCACUGCUUCCUAAGUGGACUUAAAUGCAAAAAAAAUGCAGACUGGGCAGAGAAAGCAGUGCUUUACUUCACCAAGAGAACAAGUGCAAUUCUGCUAACGUGUGAAUUUGUACAGAAGGUUGAGGAUCAGUGGGAGGUUAUUCUUAGUGACCAUGAAGGUAUAGUAACAGUGGAUUUAGCUGAUGAAAAUCUUGCAAGACCUUGUUCAACAGAAGUACUUGAUAAAAGGGAGAGCAGUGAUGUGAUCACUGUGUGUGAGUCUUUACUUCCUCAGGCACAAAAUGAAGUUUCCUGUGUAAGUGAAUGCAAUUUGUUUAAAUGGAAGUUUCCAGAGGCAGGUCAAAUUGUAAAAAUUUACAUCACAGUGGUAAACAGUCCAGAAUACUUUUGGAGUUGCUGUGCUGAUACAGAUGAAAUUAACUACAUAGAGGAAAAAAUAGAGGAAGCUGAAAACCUUGGACUAAACUCUUUGAAUUAUUCCGGGUCUUGUAUUAAAACUGGUGAUAUUUGUCUAGCAAAAUAUAGUCAAGAUGGAAGGUUCUACAGAGCUAAAGUAAUCAGUGUAAAUGGUGACAACAUAGUUGUUAGACAUGUGGAUUAUGGAAGUGAGGAAGCUGUUAGCAUGGAGAUGGUCAGACAGAUUCCAUGUGAAUUGCUUAAAAUACCUAAUCAAGCAUUUGCUUGCUGUCUGUCAGGUUUCAAAUCCUUAGAGGGCUCAUGGCUUAGUGAAGCAAAAGAUAAGUUUUAUGGUAUGACUAAAGACCUUUUAUUAGAAGCUGAAGUAAUAGAAACUCAGGAAGAUAAAGCUUCUGAAAUCCCUCUGUCUGUUGUCAAGCUGGAAGCCUCUGGCAAGAGCAUUAAUGAAGAGAUGAAGUGGUUUUGGAAGGCUAGUAAAGGAACUGGUGACAAUGCUUUCUCAGACCUUGAGAGCCCCUGCAAGGAAAACAGAUGUUCAGGCAAUGAUGUGGGUCUUGGUCUUGCAAGAGAAACUACAGUUGUUUGUGGAUUAGCUCAAGAAGAAAGUGAAAGUGCUUUAGUUGAUUCUGAAUGCUUCCUGGGUGUAACUUCUGAGUGUUUAAAUGCUGUAGAAGCAGAUGUGUCAGUGGGAGCUGUUCAGUAUGUGUCUGGGAAGGCUGAUGAGGGAUAUGAAACAGCUGAGCAUCAAAGCACCUUUGAUAAAGAGAUGCCUCUCUCUGAAGGAGAGAGUGGUAGCAGUGUAUUACUAGAACCAAUGAGAAGCUACAGUCUUCAUAUCUUGGGGAGUGAAGUGAAAACUACACAACAGGAAUUAUCUGAUUUACUGUUUCAAGGGGAUGUUGAGCUGAAAGCAGAACUGACAGGCAGUGCUUCAGCAGCCAGUCUUUUUCAAGGUAACAACCAAGAACAACUGCAGAGAUUCCCAGUUCACCAGGUACAGUCUUCAAGUGAUGAAACAGGGAUGUUAGUAGAACUGGAUCAAUUACAAACACAGUCUUCCUUUGAUGAGUUCAUACUGAAGCUAGAGGCACUUUCAUUGCCAUCCUCCUUUGGUGGGGAAACAAAGGAAGCUCUGGAUGCAGAGUCACUUGAGAUACAGACAGCUUUGGGCAGUGAAGCAAGAGAAAAAGUGUUGGAACAGGAGUUGUUUGAGCUGCCAGUGGUGAGUGGGGGGACAGGGGAGUUGGCAGCUCUGAAAUUUCUUGAAAUCUUACCAUCACUUAAUGGGAGAGAGGACUUGGUGCCUUCAGUUAGCGAUGGAGAGAAAACGGUAGAGCUGAUGCCAUCUGAUGCUCAGCUUUCUUUUGGAGAGGAGGCAAAGAAACUGGAACUGAAUUUGGGUGGAAUUCAUAAAGCAGAAGCUCUACAAGAAGAUUGGAUAGAAGCAGAGCCUCCUUACCUAAGGCUGUCUUCAUCUGGUGGUAGACCUGAGAGACAGCUGGACCUAAAGACUCAUGACAUGCUGUCAAUGCUAGGUGAUGAAAUGGAGCAGCUUCUGGAAUGGGUGCUGCCUGAUGUGCAGCCAUCUCAGGAAGUUGGGGAAGAGGAGUUGUUAGGGUUGGAAUGUGCUGCACUACAAAGUUCUGCAAAUAGUGGAAGUCAAUUUGCAUUUCUUGCAAAAGACUUGACAAAUCAGAGGACUGUUUGCCCUGUGAAGUCCCGUGACUGCAAAGUUGAGAAACAGGAGGAGUGGCAGCAGAAGAAAGAUGACUGUGGUGUGGAAGAAGACUUGACUCUUAAAGGAUGUGGAAAUACCCAAAUGAAGUCUUCAGACUGUAAGCCUAGGGAUGAAGUAGAAGAACAGCAAAAUGAGAACUUGGCUGACUGUGGUGCAGAAAAUGAGUAUACUUGUUAUCUGAAGGGCUUUGCUGUUGGUUCCAAAUGUGUGGUGUGGACCUCUCUGAAGUGGUGUGAGGCUCGCAUUUUGGAGAUAUCUGAAAAAGGUACCAGGGUCUUGAAUCUCUCCACUGGCAAUGAGGAGCUUGUGGAUCCUGAGAACGUGUGGAAUGGAAUUCCUGACCGGCCUUGCAGAUCAUCUGAGGCAAUAACCCCUCCAACAGAGAACUUGCAGUCCUUACCAGAUGAGCCCUUACUUCAAGGUAAGGCUUUCUUGAACUUCUCAAGGAGAUUGUGUACUCAGUGUUUGGAUGCUUUCUAA